CCCACGUGGUGUGUAUCAUGGCACGACAACCGCUGAAAACCUACCUCUGUCUUUUUGCACAGCAGCACCCUGAGUUCAGGCUUCCGGAGCUCCUGUCCCUCGCCUCCGUGACCAAGUCAGAGGUGAAAUUUGACGAGUUGAGCUACUCUAAAACAAAUCCACUCCUUCUAGUGCACUUUCCUUCUGAAGAGAGUGCUUGCCGUAUAGCAGCUAGAUCCUUACUCAUAAGGUCUCUAUUUGAGUUGUGGGGAUCAGGUAGAAACCACGAUGAGCUAGAGGCAUCUGUCAACAAACUUCCUUCAGAAUUUACGGAUAGGUAUAGGCGUUCAGACUACACCUUCAAGGUCGUAGUGAGGGGCUUCUCAAGAAAAUGCUCUGCAGAAAAACAGCUUCAACUCUACGAGAGGCUUUCCUAUCUCCCACUGGCUGGUAAGGUCAACCUCUCGAAUCCUGACUACGAGUUUCAUCUUCUGGAAGAUUAUGGGGACAACCCCAAUGAGGCUCCAAUGGAGCCCCACCGAGUGUUUGUCGGUCGUCUCAUCUCUCAUGGACAGAGACACCUCAUCCAGAAAUAUGCAGUCAAAAAUAGACACUUCAUUGGUAACACUUCCAUGGACGCACAGCUGUCUCUUAUCAUGGCCAAUAUGGCACAGGUGAAGGAAGGUAGUUUGGUGUUUGAUCCAUUUGUAGGCACGGGUAAGGUCUACAUUCUAAACUAUAAGUGUGUAGCUAGCUCACCAUCUCCAGGCAGCCUGCUGGUGGCUGGAGCACACUUCGGUGGAUUUGGGAUGGGAGCUGACAUUGACUAUCCUCUGAUACAUGGCAGAGGUAUAUGUAUUACAGUGCAAUACAUUUCUGCCCAUUUCAUGCGUAUUAAGAAUCAUGUGCAACACCAGUUGAUGGGUCGUGCGCGUAACAGAUAUAAUAUACAUCUGGAAAAAUCCCGCAUUCAGAUGACUAGGCAAGCUCGCCAAUAAUAAACUAAAGGACACUUAUUGUGAUCUGAAGACACAUCUACGAUUUGCAUGGUCUCCUUAUUUGGAGGUUCUACCAUAACAUUAAUCUGCAAUUUGGGGUCUAUAGGAAGAGCAUCUCGAGCUGGGGCAGAGAGCAAGUGGAGAGGAAAAGAUGAGAAUGUAUCGUCAAACCUGCGACAGUAUGGACUUGCAGACCGCUAUCUCGAUGUGUUGGUUGCAGAUGCUGCUAAAAAUGUGUGGAGACAAGGAGAAUUAUUUGAUGCCAUCAUCACAGACCCUCCUUAUGGGAUCAGGGAAGGAAGGCGGAAAAUAUGGGUCAAGAAAUACACCAAACCCAGUCCCACCUGAACUAGUGGAGAGUUACAUACCGGCCGUGUGCAGCUAUCACCUGUCGGACCUGCUGACAGACCUGCUGGAUUUUGCCGCACGAUUUCUCGUGCUUGGUGGCCGACUCGUCUACUGGCUUCCAGUCAUCAGAGAUGAGUUUUCUGAGGCCCUAAUUCCGAGACAUCCAUGCAUGGAACUGGCGUGGUGUUGCGAGCAGCCGCUACAGAGACAGGUAGGAAGAAGGUUGGUCGUCAUGGUGAAGAAACAGCGGUGGACGCAAGAGCUGCAAGGACAGGCCUGCAGCAGCAGGGAACACGACGACUUUAGGAAGAAGUACUUUACUCAUUUCACAGAAUCUCUCCCUCAUACUGCGCCCCAGAGUUCCAGAGGGCUAAAUUUCUAAAUGCAUGACUUUGUAUGACCAGUGGCCAAUGCUUGCAAGAGUCAGGAGUACGAACUGAAAAUAGUAACAAAAAGAGUUUUAACAUCAGUGCAUGUAUAUACAAUUAUGGAAAAACAUGAGCUGUAUAAACCAAUAUACAUCUAGAGUGGAGGGGUGGCUGUUUGCUAGGAGAUGUCCUUAAAAUCCUUUGUGUAUGUGUGUGUAUCUGCAUGUGUGCACUUUUGUGCAUGUAAACUGCUUUUCAGUGUCUGUCUCUUCCUCUACUAUAGUUGUGUCUAUCUUUCAGGCCAUGCCUCUCUCUAUCACGCUCACGCUCUCUCCAACUUGGAGAG